GACAUUUGACCGUCCUGAUGUACAUACCUAAUAUGCUUCUUUCUUAUUUUUUAGAUAAGUGCUUAAUACUGAGAUUCAAGCAGAUCAAAUCAGAUUCAAAUAGUUCCUUGAAAACAUAUGUCUAUUUGCUCAGUCAACAGUAUGCCAGGGCCUUAGUAAAAGUGUAAAAUUAUCAAUAGCAUUAGUUUUUUUUUUAAAAAAAAGUCAAUUUGAAUUUUGUUAGCCUUGCAAUCCGAACUAGUGUAAGUAAUAAAUAGCCUUUGGAGUAGCAAAACAAAAUGUAUCUAGUUGAACUAAACUGUUUCUGUCACUCUUUUCAAAAUUAACUAAUGAUUUUAAUCAUCCUGGAAAAUAAAUUUCUAAUAAAGAUUGUCUUUCUGGGUGUUAUUGUUCAUGAAGCAAGAGUGGGAGACAUUUAGUUUUGCUUCAUAUGUUCUUAGAAAUGCUUAGUUUUAAUGGUAUGAAACUGCUCACAGAAAUGGAAAAUAUGAGGAGGUCCCUCAGCUGCACAAAUGAAAGGAAGUGGUUUAGGAAGCAGGCUGGCCAUCUGUGUGCAAAGGAGCAUUUAGAUAAUUUCUCAAUAGAUGGAAGUCCAUGCAUUGCUUCUGGAGUCUCCAGCCUCAUGAAUCCAAUAGCUAAGACUGCUACCACUUCUUUCAACACUUCUGUGGCUGAGAUUCCAAGGAAGCGCAAAGGAAGUGAUUCUGAUAACCAGGAUACGGUUGAAGUUGAUGGUGAUCCUCAGAAAAGGAGUGAAGAUGAAGAACAUCUUAAGACAAAAGAUUUCAGAGAGGCUCACAGUCAAACAGAGAAACGAAGAAGAGACAAAAUGAAUAAUUUGAUAGAGGAAUUGUCUGCUAUGAUACCCCAGUGCAACCCCAUGGCACGAAAACUAGAUAAACUCACAGUUUUACGGAUGGCUGUGCAACACUUAAAAUCUUUAAAAGGUUCCACUAGCUCUUAUACCGAAGUUCGAUAUAAACCUUCAUUUUUAAAGGAUGAUGAGCUUAGACAGUUAAUCCUUAGGGCAGCAGAUGGAUUCCUGUUUGUGGUUGGAUGUAACAGAGGAAAAAUUCUGUUUGUCUCAGAAUCAGUUUGCAAAAUACUUAAUUAUGAUCAGGCCAGUUUAAUUGGACAAAGUUUGUUUGAUUACUUGCAUCCGAAAGAUGUUGCCAAAGUGAAGGAGCAACUUUCAUCUUCAGAUGUCUCUCCCAGAGAAAAGCUUGUAGAUGGAAAAACCGGCUUGCAAGUACACACAGAUUUUCAAGCUGGACCAGCUCGACUGAAUUCUGGCGCUCGACGUUCCUUCUUCUGUCGGAUAAAAUGUAGUAGGACCACAGUCAAAGAAGAGAAGGAGUGCUUGCCCAACCCAAAGAAGAAAGAUCACAGGAAAUACUGUACCAUUCACUGUACUGGGUACAUGAAGAACUGGCCUCCUAGUGAGGUGGGAGUAGAAGAGGAAAAUGAUGUAGAAAAGGACAGUAGUAACUUUAAUUGUCUUGUUGCAAUUGGGAGGUUACACCCUUAUAUUGUUCCACCAAAGAGUGGAGAGAUAAAAGUCAAAGCAACAGAAUUUGUUACACGAUUUGCCAUGGAUGGAAAAUUUGUUUACGUAGAUCAGCGUGCAACAGCAAUUUUAGGAUAUCUGCCACAAGAGCUUCUAGGAACUUCUUGUUACGAGUACUGCCAUCAAGAUGAUCACAAUCAUCUAGCUGAAAAACAUAAAGAAGUGUUGCAGAAUAAAGAAAAAGUAUUUACAAAUUCCUACAAAUUUAGAGCAAAAGAUGGGACAUUUCUUACUUUAAAGAGUCAGUGGUUUAGUUUCAUGAAUCCAUGGACCAAAGAACUGGAGUACAUUGUAUCAAACAACACUGUAGUAUUAGGUCACAAUGAGUCUGCUGAAGAACAGGUACCCAAUGCUUCCCAGCCUGCAGAAGAUGCUGUUAAACAGUCUUUAGUGAGCGUACCUGGAAUGUCCUCUGGAACGGUUCUUGGUGCUGGCAGUAUAGGAACUGAAAUUGCAAAUGAAGUAUUAGAAUUGCAAAGGUUGCGUUCUUCACCAUCUGAGGAGUUAAGUCCAUCACAUCUCUUGAGAAAGUCACCUUCUCCAGCUUUAACUGUAAACUGCAGCAAUGUGCCAAAUAAGGAGUUGAAUCAGUUGUGUCCUUCAGAAGCAGAACAAAAUCAGGGUGCUAUUCCAUUUCCUAGUAAUGAACCUCUCCUCAGUUGUAAUUCUCAUCUGGACUUCGCAAUAUGUGAAAAUGAUGACACUGCUAUGACUGCUCUUAUGAAUUACUUGGAGGCUGAUGGAGGACUUGGAGAUCCAGCUGAACUCAGUGAUAUACAAUGGGCUCUCUAGUUUUGCUUUUUUUGAAAUAAGGAGGAAUUUUAAAUCCUUAAUGCACAACAACCAUACAUCCUCAGUACUGUAUUAUGACUUUUUUAUUGUUGCAUUUGAAUUCAUAUGUACUAUCAAUAUAUUUUUAAAGACUGAAGCCGUGUUCACAGAGAGACAGUUUCUGCUGCAACUAUGGAAAAAUGCAGUAUUUUUUUUUAUGAUGGGGAGCCUUGAGGUUUUAAUACCGAACUAUCUGUAACUGGAAUGCUUAAAACACAGCUAUAUUUUUUCUAAGAAGCUUUAACCAAAAGAUACUGUACAAUGUACAGAAAUACUUUUUCUUAGAUUUAACACUUAUUUAUUUUUUGUUUCAAACGAGAGAAUGUUGAUUAUUGGUGUUACUUUCUCUAGAAUCUAGUCUAAUUACAGAAUCUAAAAAUAUUUAUAACUACUAAAUUUCAUUAAAAUGAUAAUACGCACACAGUACAGUUGUAAAAUAAGGUUUUGUAAUUCUUAAGUGAUACAGUUUGUGAUUCCUUGCUCUUUCAGAAGUGCAGUUUUUGUAGUCAAAAGUGAAAAUGCAGCAUACAAUUAUGUGAGCAAGGAUUAGACCAUCAUACCAAUUGGAAGAAAAAGUUGUGAGAAAAAUAAUUUCAAUCAUCUGCCAGUACACAAACAUGGUGAGAGUAUGAGGAAAGAGAAACAAAAUAUUUGCUACUUUGUAUUAUUCAUAAAGUAUUAUUAGAGGGGCAAUGCAUGGAACCUAAGAAAAGUAAUGCUGUAACUGUAAUAAAGCACUUUGGUCUCAUCACAAAUUAUUUGCUAAAUAGAGAAUUUUGGUUAGAUUGUCUUAGUUCCAGAAUACAGAUCCAGAAUGAUCUUCUGAGGAACAGCUUUUCCAAGACCCGUAUACCAGUUACAGCAGAUUACUUAAGAACAUGACAUUAAAUAGGUUGCUUUAAAACAAUAUAGCAUUAAUAUAUAAAGUGGAUCUUUUUCUUUCUGAUAUUAAAGGUAUAGAUAAAUGUUUGUCAGUUAUAUAUCAUAAAAGCAUAGAUUUUUUAAAAAAUUAAUUCAGGUAAUGAAAGGAAAGCCUUUGAAGAUGUUUGAUAUAUGUGUAUCUUUGUUUAAUAUAAACAUUAAAACUUGACCGCAGGUACUGCCAUAAGCACUCUUACAUUUGUUUGAACUGUAAAGAUGAGCAAUAGGCAGCCCGUUCUUUUACAAAGGCUGAAGUGUGAACAAAAGGUAACUUCUCUAAGAAGCCGCCAGAUGUCAUGCUUAUACUGUUGAAUGACUACCCUUUCAUGUAUGAAUACAAAAUUUUGUCAUACGUUGACUUGCUAUGCUUUGACAGAGCAGCUUUAUAUCUUAUAGAUAUGGAUUGUUUCAGAAAUGAUGAUUUUUUUGUGACAUCUUGUACAAGUUUUCUAGAAUGGCUUGUUGGAUUUUUUUUUUUUUUUCUGUCUGUAGAUAUUUUGCACUGAACUUGCAUGUCAUUUCCUGCAUUUACAGUUUUUUAAAGACGUGGGGCCAAAAUUACCUGUUGUUUAGCUUUAUUGGAAUAAACUGUUCUGUUUCUUCACAGAAGAUGAAUUUGGGACUAUAUCAUAAAGCAAAGUGAGGAGAAUAAACAAGCAUUUUCUAAAAAUCGAUUGAAUUGUACAACUGUAAAAUAAGAAUUGCAAUUUUUGCCAUUGUGAAAUGUAUUUUCCCUUUUCUAUGUUUUUUACCAUUAAGGUAAAAAUCAAUUAUAAAUAAAAUAAGAAGUACCCUGGCUAGCAUGGAGAAAUAAGUAAAUACAUGUCCUUAUAUUGCACAGACUCUUUACAACAUGGUUUGUUUUUUAUUCUGGAUUGGUUUUAAAAUGGUAUAGAUGUUGUUAUUGAAGGAGCAUAAUAAUUAUUUAACAAGAUCUAUAUAACCUUCUAAAGUUAAACCAACCACUGGUUUGGAUUCUUACUGCAUUUUCUUAAAAAUAUUAAUAAUAAUAAUAAUAAAGUAAUAGUCAUUUGCAGUCAGUAAUCAAUAUUGUAUGUCUCAAUUAAUUUUUAGCUUUUCCCUUUAAUGUUGCAAAAUUUUCUGGUUUAAAGAAAUCCUAGAACAAAAAGUGUCAUUUGUAAACAUUUAUGAUGAAUAAAGAGGUGAAAUUUUUAUAUAUUUUGAAUACAGUUGAGGUAGUUAUGUGCUUGUUUCUGUUUGUACAACAAUACAAUUCCAGUAAGAUAAGGACAGAUUUUUUUUGGACUUGGUACAGGUUAUUGGAGGAUGUGAUGAAAUAAGGUUAAUGUUAUUUUUAUGCACA